UCUUAUUCCUAUAAUUUUUGUAUCAUCUGUAAAAUUUUUAACUUUUCAAAACCUAACCUAAGAUAUUCUAUUCGGUAUAUAUAUAUUUUUGUAUUAAAAAUCUGAAUUAUUAAAGAAAUGUCUUUGUUUUAUAAUUCUUUAGCUAGAAUAUCAUCAAAUUAUGGCAUUCGCUUACUGUUUACAUCAAGAGGGUUUCAUACUACUCAAGUGCACCAAUUGUACGCUUUGUCAUCGCUGGGGAUAGAUGGAUAUCUGCAGACCAGGAAAAAGAUUAAUGAGCAAUUUUUAAAUUAUUCUGAUAAGUUUAGGAUAAAAAUGCAAGAGUUUGUAUCAGAUUCUAAAAAUAUGAUAUUCACUGAAGAUUUGAAAAAUAUGGUACAUAUUGCAGAACCAGCUGAUUUGGACUUAGUCGUAACAAUGGUUAAAAAGUUCAAUACACAAAAGACGGAGUUUAGAUUUGGUUCAUUUGUUUUCGGUCCUAUUGUUAUGAGAAUGUUCCAUUUUCUUGAUGCACCUGAUGAAGCUAUUAAGUGUUUUGAAGAUCCUGACAAUGAUGGAUUUUUUGAUCAACUGGUAUCAUAUCAGAUAUUACUUGACUUACUCUAUAAUCAUCAAAUGUAUGAUAUGAUGUAUCAUGUGUUUGAAAGGGUACAAGAAAAACAAUUAAAUAUGUCCAAGUUCCCUAAAUAUCCAGUUGUUUUAAUAAUGGCAGCUUGCUACAAACAGAACACACCACAGAGUUUUGAGUAUGCAAAGAAAUUGUGGACGGACAUGACCGCUGUAGGCUCUAUUCCAUUAAGAAGAACUGCUACUCUUAUGGCUGCAUUGGCUUUAAAUCAAGGGGCUCCUCAUAUAGCACUGGAGUCGGUAGCAUUACAGAAACAACAUUAUAUAACCAUUAGGAAUGUUCGAGUUUUGGCAUUGGCUCAAUUAGGACGAGUAGAUGAAGCUUUACCAAUAUUAAGGGGAGUUUUGGAUGUUGACCGUCCAGAUAAGAAAGAAAAGCAUACCUUCUUUGAAGAAACAAUUUCUAAAAUACGAGAAGCCGUUGAAUUAUCAGAUAACAAGGAUGUUCAAAGUGAAUAUGAAACUAUUGAAAAAGCCCUUAAAGAUCGUCAAUUAAUUGAUAAUCAGACAUUAGACCAGCUUAUUACAUCCGAUAUAAAUGUAAAAACGGACAAGCCUAAUUUGCCUCGAGGAAUGCCAAAAAUGCCAUAUAGGAUGCGUCAGAAGAAUAAAAAUAUAUCAUAAUUAUAAAUAAUUCCUUACAAAUGUUAACUUGUACAUAAUUGUGAAUGAGUGAAUGAUUAUUGUGAAUGGUAUUGUUUGUGAGAUUUAUUAUGUACUGUAAUGUUUAGUUUAUUGUGUAAUUUAGAUGGUAAAUAAAAGAAAGAU